CUCAUAAUACAAGCACAUCGAUAGGUCACGGAUAUCGGGCGCACGCGAGAGAAGAAUGUAAAGAUGUUUGGACAGCUUGGACUCCUUACUUUUGUUUGCUUCAAUGCUUUGGUGAAUGCUUUGCCUUUGACGCACCAUUAUGGUGCGGCCACCCUAAAUCACUUGUUGCUCAGUCGGCUCGAGCUUCUCCCGGAGCAGCAAAGCACAGAGAGGGCUCGCAGCCUUGCGCACUUGACUCAGGAUGACAUCAUUGCAGCACUCCUGUUCCUAAUUCAAGAGGUACCCGAUGGCUUGGCGAACGACUUGCGCGCGAACCCCACGCGGCGACCCGCUGAGCUCUCGGGGAGGCAAAACUUCAAGACCCUCGUGUCAAUAUCAGCAACGCUAGCGGGCUCGGCCUCGGGUGUGCGGGGCUUGCUGGGCGAGGCGCUGGCAGUUGCGCGGGGGUUGCCCCCCAACGAGAGUUGGCCCGUGGCGCGACGUCUCCUCACGGCAGGGCUGGUGCUCCGGCGGCUGCGCUUCGGGCCGCUGCCGCCGGAGGAUGUGGUGCUCGCAACGGAGUUACUCCUGACCUUCUUCGACGCGCACCGGCGCGCCGCACAGAGCAAGCAAGUGCUGGAGUUCCUGCAUGUGUCCAAGGCGGGCGGCACCACAUUCUGCCAGCUGGCCGAGAAGAACGGCUGCCGCACCAAGGGCUUCAAGUACGGAGAGGGCAACUGCCUCAUACCGAGGUUCAACGACCGGCCGCACUGGCUGGACCCCGAGGUGUUUCAACGGGUGCAGCUGCCCGGGCAGCCACCCGCCGACUGUCGAAAGGUGUACUUUGCCCGGCCUCAGCGGGACGCGGACGGCGCCAAUUGCUUCCAGCGGCGCAAGUACAUGCUGCGCAAGGGCUGGAACAUGUACUCCAACGAGUACACGGCCUACGGCGGCGAGGAGGCGCCCGAGGAGGCCUUCAUGUGCCACAGCCGCAUGCUCACCGUCAUGCAGCUGCGACACCCCAUCUCGCGCAUCGCCUCCAACAUCAAACACAUGUUCACAGCCAUUGGCGGCCGCUGCCCCAACGGCGACACGCUGCUCGGCCUGCGCGCCCCCAACGGCACACGCCUGACCCCGGAGGCGCUGCUGCAGCCGCCGCCCGGCAGCCCCGCCGCUCCGCGCUUCGCCACCGCCGGCUUCUGGGCGCGACUGGCGCCAGCCGUGACCGUCAACUACUACACACGCGUGCUGCUAGGCCAGGCGGCGCACGCGCUGGCGGCGGCGGAGCUGGGGGAGGCGCACGGACGCCUGGCACGGCUGAUGCUGGUGCAGUUCUCGGUGCUGCUGCUGCUGGAUGACCCUGACUUGGAGGCGCACACACUCAAGUACGGCAUGGGCUGGCUGGCGCACAGCGCGCACGCCAACCGGCGCGACUCGGCGGGCGGCCGGGCUGUGGGCCUGCCGGAUGACAUGGACCUGUUCGUGCAGCUCAACCAGCCCGACAUGCAGGUGUACCGCUUUGGUGUCGUACUGGCGCGGCUCGACGCCAUCAUGUACGACAUGGCGCGCGGGUCGGGCGUGGACGUGUCGCGGGCAGGGGCCUCGACUUCCGCCGCCGUCACCUUUGCCGCCAGUCGGUCAAAGGGCGGCGCGGCGGCGGCGGCGGACGCAGCAGGCCUGGGCGUUGAUUCGGGAGCGGCAGCUCAGCAGGCGGUGUCGGGUGCGGGGCAGCUCCAGCAUCAGCAGCCGGGUGGAGGAGGAGGCGGGGCUGCAGAGGGUGGGGAAGAGGCAGCGGCUGGGGAAGACGACUAUGGGGAGGCGGGGGGUGACAAGUACAAUGACGAUGACGACGUGAAUGACGAGGACACAGACGAGGAGCCUGCAUCGGGAAGCAGGGGCGGAGGGUACGACACUCCGUACGACUACGCCAUUGUUGACGAGGCAGACACGGUUGGUGGAGGUGGCAGUAGCAGCGGCAGCAGCGGCAGGCUGGAGCGUCACGCGGUGGGGACGGUUGAGGCCGCGGCCGACGCAGCUAUGCUUGGCGCCGCAGCGGCAGCCCAGCGGCAGCAGCAGCUGCAGCAGGCGCAGGGGGUGGUGCAGCAUCGCAGCAGCCGGCACCAACGCCGGCAGCGGGCCCGGCGGAGAAGGGCGCAGGACGCCAGCGGAGCGGUGGCGGCCGGGCCCGGCGGCUUUGUGGAUGCUGGCGCUGCCAUCUGGCAUGUGGCCCGGCGACAGGAGUCUGUCGGCAUGGCUGGGCCCGGGUUAGAGCGGGCGGCAGCAUCACGAAGCGAUAGCAGCCAGCUCUUGGCGGCGAAUGGCGAUGGUGACGUUGCCACGGUCCAGGUCCAAAAUCAGGCGCAGCGGCUGCAGCCGCGGCGCUCAGCGCAGCAGGCGUACACGUGGGAUGCAGCACUGGAGGAUGCACGGAGGCGGCAGGUGGUGCCGCCCGAGCAGAUUGGGUGCGGGUACGUGUCACAGGCGGCCGAGUGAGUGGUGGUGAUCAGGGGAGGGAUGCGUGUGCGUGCAGCGUACAGGGCUGUUGGAGCCGUGCUGCAAAGUAUCAUGUAGCGUGGUGCAUGUGCGGUUGCCGCCAUUUGGAGUAGUUAACGCAUAUAGCAACAAUUAUGCAUAGGAGAGGCGACGUGGACAGCCUCAGACGCUGCGAACGGACUCAUGGAAGCAGCUGUGACCACACAAGCGGCUCAGCAGCACGAGCGAUGGGUUAGGUUAAUCAGCAGCAGGAGCGAUGGGUUAGGUUAAGGGCCAAGCUCUGCGGCUGGGAGCCGGUAUGCUGGGCUGAUGCACAUCGUGCAUGGGGCCCGCGUUGGACGUCCUGGUGAUGCACGGCCUGAAACACUGGGGCAAGCAUAGAGCAUGGCCUUGAAGGCACGUCGUCGCCGGUUGGCACAGAGCAGUUCAGCUGCGCCAUGUAGGUCCAUC